AUGGCGUUUAUGUAUGAUUCGCCAGGGGCAGAAUGGGUCCGAAUCUGGAUCGCAGCCCUCGUGGUCUGCUGCUGCUUCACAUACACCACGGCAGCCUACAAUAAUAAUAACAGACGUCUGCACCGCGUCAGCCUGAAUGAGCUGCGCCAGGUCAUUCGGGACGACCUCGUCGGGGUGGUGGAGAACGCACUCGUCUCCAUGGAGAUGGGCCGCACUGCGUCGGGCGCCAUGAGGAUCGACGAGAAGAUCACUACCUCUGUGGAGGCGACUGUGCGCACCAUGACCAACUCGAUCCAGGAGACGCUGCGCCGGUUCGAGACGCGCCUGAUGACGAUCGAGGCGCGCCUGGACGGCUCGGACGAGCCGCUGGCGCGCAGCCGCUCGCGCCAGGACUUCGCCUGCAACGAGGCGCACGAGCGCAGCCUGCAGCAGGGCGUGGAGCGCAUCACCAACAUCUUGGGCUCCGUGACGGAGCGUGUCGCCGAGGCGCGCGACGCCAGCUCGGCCGCCGAGCAAGGUGUGACCCGACUCAACGAGCGCCUGCCAGCCGCCGAGAACAGCAUCAAGCAGGAGCUGGAGCACUCGGUCGGCGUUAUCGAGACGGGCGUGAAGCGGCAGCUACAGGCGCUGGCGCUGGCGGCGCCGCGCGCGCCCGAGCCGGCCGCCUGCCCCGGCCAAGACCUGACGGCCACCCUCAAGCGGAUGGAGUCAGCGCUGACGUGGCAGAUGAACAAGGUGGAGAACGCGGUGACGGUGCUGCAGACUGGCGCCGAGCGUCAGCAGGGCCGGCGGGAGGUGGACCGGGACGCCGCCCACCAGGUGGAGCCUCUAGAGCGCAGCCCAGAGACCCUGAAGAGCUGCGCUGAGCUGCUGGAGAGGGGUUUCACGGACAACGGGCUCUACUACAUCCGGCCGGCGCCCGGCCUUGCCAAGGUGCGCGUCUUCUGCGACAUGACGACCAAGGGCGGCGGUUGGACCGUCUUCCAGCGGCGCGGGCCGCACCUCAAGCGCGAAAACUUCUUCCAGGACUGGGACGCCUACAAGACCGGCUUCGGCGGGCCGGAGGGCGAGUACUGGCUGGGUAACGCCUACCUGCACGCGCUGACCGCGCCCGGCCGGCACCGACUGCGGGUGGAGAUGCUGGAUUGGAACGGCGCCAGGACGUUUGCCGAGUACGCCGACUUCAGCGUCGCCGACGAGGACGACAAGUUCCGGAUUCGGCUGGGCACCUUUAGCGGAGACUCGGGCGACUCGAUGACGAUGGACAACAACCGGCAGUUCUCCACCCGCGACCAGGACAACGACGUUCUCCGUUACGGCAACUGUGCGCGCGCCCACAAGGCCGGAUGGUGGUUCGGAGCCUGCAGACGGGCUAAUCUAAACGGCGUGGCCCACGAGGGCAGGCACGACGGGCCGGAUGGCAUCAACUGGCUCGACUGGAAGGGCCCCAACUACUCCAUCAAGGCCACGCGCAUGAUGGUCAAGUAGCGGGCGGGUGGACGUCGGGUGCGCUGCCGGCUCGUGGUCCGCCGCCGGCUCCUCCGGCAGCGCGGGUCUCGACAGAGCGGUGCCGCAUGGUGACAGCAGAAGCUGGCCGUGGUGUCUGCCCGAGGCUCUGUCCUGUGGUCAUGCGACAUCCGCUGUAUGUCAUUUGCAGAUGUAACGCAGGGGGCUGUUGUCGAUUGUGACCGGUGUUUGAGCGCCUAUGAUUUUGAGCAGCAACGCUAACGUGUGUUAAGCCUGCCGCGUGACAGUCUAUCGCUUCGUCCUAGCGCGCCGAUGUGGUGUUCUGAGUUCUUGAGACUGAGUGACAGCUCCCGUAAUAAACAUCAGGCUGACAAUCUCUCA